AAAACAUAGACCAAAAGUUUUCUCCCCAAUCAAACUUCCAUACCUAUUGCACACCAAGGUGCAAUUGUCGCUAUAAUAACUCGAAAUAUUUUUCGCUUACCUCAUUGGGAAGCAGCCAACAACGGAAGCUGGUUUUGAGACCAUCAUAAUUUUUCUAAUGGCGAACAUUGCAUACAAUGCUCUGAAAAGAGGCCUCACUAACAACGUCAAGGCUGCUCUAUCGCGUCCGGUUAGUCGAUCAGUGCAUUCCACAGGAUGCACAAAAAUGUCAGAACAUGGUGGUCAUGACGAACCAUACUAUCUGCAUGCAGAGCACAUGUAUAAUCUAGAUAGGAUGAAACAUCGGAAGUUGAAGAUGACGCUGGCUGUGUGGACAUGUGUUGGAAUUGGUGUUGGUGUUCCACUAUUUGCAGUCAGUUUCCAACAGAAGAAGGCUCGUUCAGGUUGAUUAUGGGCAAGUUGUUUGUUUUAGCUGAAUUUUCACUAGGCAAUAAAAUGCAAGUUCUGAAACGAUUUUGUCAGAAUUAUUGUUCAUUUUGGAUUUUAUUUUCAUCAAGAAACAGCAUGAUUGUAUCAACAACACAGAUGAUCAGAAAGGCAUUAAUUGUUACAUUAAUUUCAUGGCUUUGAAUAUUAUGAAAAUUGAUAUCCAGCAUGUUCUAUGUUU